UGUCACGCUGGCAAGACUGUAGAGCAUUUAACGCCACUCUUAACUACCAAUAGCAGUGAGAGGUAGAGAUAGAGAGUGAGAGAGAGAGAGAGAGUGAGAUAAUGGAGAUACGUAAGAAUCGUCUGGGAUUGAGAAGGUUAUCAUUACGGGUGUUUGUGAUCUGUUCGGUUCUCCUGAUGAGUUGUGUUAUCUUGUCUCAGAGAGGAAACGAGUCUACCCAAAUGACAAUGAACGAAGCUCGCUGGCGUGUCAAAGGCCCGCUCUCCCUAAAUGACUCAAGAGUUCUAUCCAUUUUAAGACAAUACCAUCUAUCCCCACCAUCCAUCUAUCCUUAUAACCUAUCCACCGAUCCAUUAUACACUAAGAUGAGAUAUUAUGGUGGAUGGAAGUUUAUAUAUAACCAGAUUGAACAGAUAUUUGGCGAUUAUCAUGGAGGCUUUUUUGUCGAAGCGGGCGCGUUGGAUGGUGAGAAGCUGUCUAAUACGCUUUGGUUAGAACAAAAACUUAAUUGGACAGGACUAUUAAUAGAACCGAGUCCGGAGAAUUACGCUAAGCUGGUUAAUAAGCGGAGGAAAGCUUGGAUAUCACAUACAUGCUUAUCCACAGCUAAAUAUCCAGAAGAACAAGUGAUGGUGACUUUACUGCGAAGAUAUCUAAACGAAGAUCAAGUCACCCGCGUAGUCAAUGACCACCGGGGGUCUUCCUAUCUCCUGGGAACAUCAUUGGAAACAAAUAUUUACGAUAAAUUAUUCCAAAACUCUGAUAAAUCGUAUUCUCUUGUUCAAUGUUUCCCUUUAGCGUCUUAUCUCAUGGCUUUGAAUAUAACUACGGUUGAUUUCUUAUCAUUAGACAUCCAAGGUGCUGAAAAAGAUGUCUUGAGAUAUAUUCCCUGGGACAGUGUCAAUAUACGGGUCAUGGUUAUAGAGGUUGUGCAUUACGAGACGAUGGACCGCCAUUUUGUUGACGUCAUCACCAGUAAGGGCUACGAACUCAUUUAUUUCAGAUCUGAAGAUUAUAUAUUUAUUAGAAAAGGUGAUCCAUUAAUACUCAAACACAAUAUAUCUAUGAUUUAUGUUUAAUUAUUGUGGUUAUUUGUAAUUAAUUUAACCCCUUUUAAUACAGUGACGACAUUUAAUUAGAUAUUCACCUCAGAAGUAACACUGUACACAAGGGAUUAAAUUAAUUUCAAAAUUAUACAUAAAACGAGUUAUGUAUAAUUCAUGUAUUCAUUCUAUGUAUAAAUUGUAUCCAUUUUCAUGUGAUGUAUAUAUGUGUGUUACCUUCAGUGUAUACAAUAAGGUGAAUAUUAAUACAUAGUUCAUAAGUAUUCUGUGGCUGGUACGUGUA